AUGCUUCCUUACAAGGUUACUAUGAAAAACGAUACUACGGCUCAGACAACAGCUGCGAAUCGUUUCUGUGCUACUCUAAAGUGUGGAAACUGGGACGUCAUUGAUUCGAUGUCUUUAGAACUAAAUGGCAAGACUAUUGUGAGUAUGGCUGACUACAAACUCUUCUGGAAUAACAUCCGGGCUCAAACCGGCUAUAGCUCUCAGUAUGUUGAGAAGCAUGGAGCGGAGUCGUUCCUUUACCCCGAUGCUGCUCAGUCAGUUCUAUACAGUAGCGCAGUCACUUCUACUACUGGUGAUGGCUAUUCGAACACUACAGCAUUUUCUCCUUCGUUUGCUGCGACUGGACCAUCCGGUGGAGCUUCUAUUGCUAGCGAUGGUCUUGUAAAGCGACUGCUAUCAAACCCUCCAUCUGCUGGUUCUGAUUUCAGCGCUUCUUGGCCUUCCCUUGGAGCUGCUGCUGCUUCUACAACCAUUGCUAACCAGACCGCGCGCGUUAGAUGA